CUUCUGCAGGUUCAGUGGGCCUCUGCUGCCUGGUCCUUCCGCCAGGCUACAAGUAAAGCCUGCAGCUCCAUUUCCAUCCCCUUCUUUCAGUUAACCAGAGAGGAGGAUGGCCUAUGCUGAGGAAGACAGAAAUUGCUAUGAGGUGUAUAAGGAAACAGCAGAUUGGUUACAAGCCCAUACUGCUCAGCGCCCAAAGACUGCCAUCAUCUGCGGAUCUGGACUGGGAGGUCUGGCUGAUGUGUUGGAUAACAAGACAAUCUUUCCGUAUGAGGAUAUUCCUCAUUUCCCACGGAGCACAGUUGCAGGGCAUGUUGGCAGAUUGGUGUUUGGGGACCUGAAUGGACAUCCAUGCGUAUGUAUGCAGGGACGUUUCCACUUUUAUGAAGGAUACUCUCUCAGCACGGUCACCUUUCCCAUCAGGGUGUUCUAUCUCCUGGGAGUGGAGAUCUUGAUUGUCACAAAUGCUGCUGGAGGACUGAAUCACCACUUCCAAGUGGGGGACAUCAUGUUCAUUAGAGAUCACAUCAACAUAUUUGGCUUGGGAGGGCAGAAUCCACUGCGUGGACCAAAUGAUGAGAGGUUCGGAGUAAGGUUUCCCUGCAUGUCAGAUGCCUACGAACAAGAGCUGCUCAGCCUGGCGAGGGAGAGCGCACAGGAACUCGGCUACCUGGGUUUCAUCCGAGAAGGAGUGUACUGUAUGCUGGCAGGUCCCUGCUAUGAAACCAUUGCCGAGUGCCGCGUGCUUCAGGUCCUGGGAGCAGAUGCUGUAGGCAUGAGCACAGUCCCGGAGGUGAUUGUAGCCAGGCACUGUGGCCUCAGAGUCUUCGGGGUCUCCCUCAUCACCAACAAGGUUGUGAUGAGCUACAACAGUGAGGAGAAAGCCAGCCAUGAGGAAGUGCUGCGCAUCUCAAUGGUUCGGGCUGAAGCCCUGCAGAAGUUGGUCACACACUUCAUUGGCAAGCUGGGGGAAAAUGCAAACUCUCCAUGACCUCCAGCAGUGAAGCUGCCUCUACUGCAGCUCUGCGGGAGAUCCUCAAGCCGUUCAUCAUAACGUGAUGUGAACACUAGCAAGUGUUGGGGGAGAGCCAUCGGUGAAAUUCUCCCCUUCUGCUGUCUUGCUUUUGACUAUACCUUUGAUCUUUGUCCCUAUGGUUUAGUUGGUCAGGCACAGAGGUGUGCUUUGAAGUUUGCCAGAAUGAUCCCCUUGUUAGUAGCCAGCCCCCUUGUUACCCUGCCAGGAAAUGCCAAGACAGCUUUCUGGCACUUAAGGAAAUGCAGCCUGAUGGUCUCUGGCAGAUUCUCAACCCCAAGUGUCAGCCCUGAGCCCCUCAGUAACAUGAGCUACAGCUCUACUCUCUUUACUCUGCAGAGCAUUUGGCAUCUCUCGAGAGUCCAUGGGCCCCUGCCUCUCUCAUCUCCUGCUGUGAUUCUCCUCUCCCCCAUUGCACUGAGCCCCUACACUAUAAUCAAUUUUGAGAGGUUGAGAGCUGGUCUCAGGGUAUCAUGGCUGCUGGGAACGCUGUGUUAGGACCUGAUCCAAAGCCAAUGGAAGUCCACAGAAAGAUUGUCUGAGGCUUGGAUGAAGAUCUGGUACAUAAAAUGGGUUAGGCAAAAAAUGAGAUUAGUCUGGAACAAGCAAUACUGCAUAGUAGGCAGAUUGCAAUCAAUUUUACAGCUUCAAAAGGCACUGCAUCCCCAUGCAUUCAAAUGGGGUGUGUGUUCCCCUAACAUCCCCUGGAGGUCUCACCACAGAGCCCUUUCUUUGCUCGCUUCCAGGCACUGCUCUUCAAGAUCAGCUGCAGAGCUGAGGACCUGUUCAGCUACAGUGCCGCGUUCCUGCAACGCGUCCCCCUCACGCCUUGCCACUCCAUCUACAAGGUCAAAUCAGUGUUGCCCUAUUUUACAGACAAGGAAAGUGUAUCGCAGAUAAAAGAUGACUUUUAUGCAUCGUGCAUAAGUGGCCAAGCUGGAAACAGAAUCCAGGUCUCACUAUGCCUGACUUUGUUCAUUCUGUUUCUAGAUGUCUCAGAGAUCAUUAGUCUGAGCCAAUUGCACUGGCUGCACCUGAGGUGUGUUACCUCUUGUUGUCCCAAGACGGAGAGAAAAUCACUUCACCCCAACUUUGUGCUGUUGCAGUCCCUGCAGCAGAUACUGGAACAUUAGUAAUUUCUGGAGUUUAGUGAUGUGAAAUUACAAUGGAAUUUAUAUUGGAACAGGUAGGAUAUUUUUCUGGUUUCUCUGGUCCUCUUUCAUGAAGAAAUUGAACCUAGCUGUGAGUAAAGAACAAACAAGAGAGGCCACCGUGUUCCCUUUUACCAGCAUGCCACUGAUCUAUCACAGAGACGUGAAUAUUCACCAGGACUAUGCAUUAUUCAUUAUUCCCCAAAGGUCAAGGUGAGCAGUGGAUGCAGCUGGAUGUGAAACAGUGACUGCAAUUAUUAGGUAACCUUUUCCAUUCAUUUAUCUUGGAAUUUUCUAUAAAGCUCUUCACUGUCAUAGUUAAAUGUUUUCAGAUGACACAGUGGUCUAAACUGAAGACACCCAACUUGUCAUGGAGAGCUUCUAAUUUGGCUUCCUAAAUUUAGCUGAUCGAUUGCUUACCAUUGAUGCUAGCCCUUCUGUGACAUUUCUUCAGUUAAGGGUAUGAAAGGACGCUGUGGCCUAGUGAGUUUUUCAGAUGGCUACUAUUUUGAAGCCCUGCAUCUUGCAAUUACUGGUCUCAACUACUGUAUUACUGUUGGUGCUGAUGUUGUCACCAGGAAGAGAACAAAAUCAAACCAUGCAUAUCUGGCACCAUUUCAUCAAAUGAUAGCACCUUAGGCAUAGAAGAGAUCUGGAGGAACUAUCCAGUCCCAUCCUGUUCCCCAGGGCAGGAUUACCUGUAAUCAUUCCUGAGAAAUGUCUGCCUAACCUGUUCUUUAAGACUUCUGGAGGUGGAGGGUUCACUGGAAGUGUUCUGCUGGCCUAGUCACCGUUUCAGUGCCUCUUUGCACUUGGACUAGGCCCUCUGAGACAGCACCUCUUUCCGUCCAACUGGUCUGACUGUAAAGAUCGUCUCAGGGACCAAUUCUGAUCGUAGGCAAAGCAGAACAGACUCCAGCUCCUUCUUCUAUAAGUCUAUUGCCUUUUCAGGUCUAGCGGGAUUGAAUUGCUUGUCAACGGCAACAGCAUAAGCGAGGAAAUAUGAAAAGUAGCAGAUGUGCACAGAAAGAAGGAACCAUUUUUACCUGCUGCCUUUUCAGACUACAACUCGUUGUAAUACAUGCUUUUUACAGGGCAGAAGGAGACCAGAUAAUUUCCCCUGCCUAGGAAAUGGUACUUCACAUUCAUCUAAUUAAUACUUGGUAAAUACAAAGUCUCUCAAGUGAGAGUGGAAGGCAGCUGUGCGGCUAGCAGUAACUAGCGAGCAGGCAGAGUAGCUAAGGCUGGGAUUUCAGCAGGCUCCAUUAAUUAAUCAGAAUCAGGCUUGACUGGAUCUUGACGGGAAGCAUCC